AUCCAGAAUAACUUCUGUAAAGGAUCAAUUUCUCCAUCCCUUGUUCUUUUGCUGUUUUGUUUUUACCAUGUCUUCCAUGUUGACAGUAACAGAAGAUAAGCUUUAUGCAUUCAAUGAUUAAUAAUGGAGUAGGUUUUCUUGUCUUCCAUGUGCUUUUCCAAUUCACUAUAAAUAUCUUAAGUCUACUAAUGAAACUCAUAACCAUUGACUAGUACUAAAAUUCAAUGGACUCAAAUUCAUCUAGCUUUCUUUUGAACUCUUCGAAUUUUCACUCGGUUUUCUACCAAGAUAAACACGAUGAUGGCAUAAUUGAUCUCGGUCUUAGUCUUGGAACGGUUCAUCACGAUGCUUAUAAUUCUUCAACCAACUUGUAUGAUGAUGAUAUUAUGGAAUGGCCUAAUGUCAAGAACUCAAGCACGGCGCAUUCGAGAUCUGUUCAAGAAAGCUUUGAUGAAGAGAUAGAAGGGGUUCAGAGCAAUGAGAGAUGGGCUUAUGUGAAGGUUAACAUGGAUGGAGUCUCCAUUGGUAGGAAAAUUUGUAUUCUUGAUCAUGGAGGGUAUUCAAGUCUAGCAAUUCAACUAGAAGACAUGUUUGGUAGCCACUCAGUUUCUGGUAUAAGAUUGUUUCAAUCUGGAUCAGAAUAUUCAUUGUUCUAUAAAGACAGAGAAGAUAAUUGGAGGGUUGUAGGUGAUGUUUCUUGGAAGGAGUUUGUGGAAUGUGUGAAAAGGCUAAGGAUUGCAAGAAAGAAUGAAGGCUAUGUUAAUUGAAUUGUUUUGAUGAGUUUGUGUUGAGUUGUGGGAACUCUUUGACCAUGUAAUAGUAUUAGAUGAAUGGAAACUCUUUGCACGUGUUAUUUUAGAUGGUAGUUCAUGGAAAAUUGAAAUGUGGUAAUGAAUCUAAGGACU